AGAAAAUAACGUCUCCUAGUGAUGGAGUGGGAAACAACAUGCCGGAAGUAGGCUUUCUGGAUACGGAGUUUCAAGAGUUGGAAAGGUAACUGUAAGUCGUAAGAAAAAAAGAAAAGAAAAAGAAAAGAAAAGAACAACGGGAAUAGAGGAGAGAAGGAGAAAGAGGGAAGCUUAGCAAGCUGAGUGAGAGUGUGGUGGUUUUGUCGCGUUUUCUCUCUCGGCUGCAGUUAAUACAAUGGGAUUACCAGCUCUGGAGUUCAGCGACUCGUUCCUGGACAGUCCCGACUUCAGAGAUCGGCUCAAAUGUCACGAAAUUGAGCUGGAUCGGACAAACAAGUUCAUAAAGGAGCUGAUUAAGGAUGGCAACAUGCUCAUCAGCGCUCUGAAAAAUCUUUCUGCAGCUGUGCAGAAGUUUUCACAAUCCCUUCAGGAUUUUCAGUUUGAAUGCAUCGGCGACGCAGAAACCGAUGAUGAGAUUAACAUUGCUCAGUCAUUAAAGGAAUUCUCUCAGCUAUUAAACACAGUUGAAGAGGAACGACGGCGACUUAUACAGAAUGCCGAUGACGUCUUGAUCACGCCGCUGGAGAAGUUUCGCAAGGAGCAAAUUGGCGCUGCCAAAGAGGGAAAGAAAAAAUUUGACAAGGAAACCGAAAAAUAUUAUACAUUUCUGGAAAAACACCUGAAUUUGUCCUCAAAAAAGAAAGAGUCCUUUUUACAAGAGGCAGAUGCCCAGAUCAAUAAAGAACGACAGAUGUUUUGUGAUGCCUCUCUUGAAUACGUCUUCAAGAUCCAAGAAGUGCAGGAGAAAAAGAAAUUUGAGUUUGUUGAGCCGCUCCUGGCUUUUCUCCAAGGACUGUUCACCUUUUACCAUGAGGGUUAUGAGCUGGCGCAUGAAUUUGAACCAUAUAAACAGCAACUUCAGUUCAACCUACAGAAUACGAGGAAUAAUUUUGAGAGCACCAGACAGGAAGUGGAGAAUCUGAUGCGAAGGAUAAGGUCAGCAGAGCAGGACUUCAAAGCUCCUGGACAGUGGACUAUGGAGGGCUUUCUUUAUGUACAGGAGAAGCGUCCUCUGGGAUUCACGUGGAGCCGACACUACUGCACAUAUGACAAAGAGACUAAGAUGUUCACCAUGAGCAGCUCUGAAAUCAAAUCUGGAAGCAAACAGAACGGCCUGGUUCUGAGUCCACCUGAAAUGUUCAAGCUCAAGUCGUGCAUCAGGAGAAGGACAGAUUCCAUCGACAAGCGAUUCUGCUUUGAUAUUGAAGUGGUGGAAAGGCAUGGCAUCAUCACCCUGCAGGCUCUGUCUGAAUCCAACAGACGUCUGUGGAUGGAGGCCAUGGAUGGAAAAGAGCCAAUUUAUACCCUUCCAGCACUUCUGAACAAGAAAGAAGAAACAUUCCUAAAUGAGGCGGGGUUUAACUUCGUCAAGAAGUGCAUUCACCUUGUAGAGACAAGAGGUAUCCAAACGAUGGGUCUGUACAGAAUUGGAGGAGUGAACUCUAAAGUGCAGAGACUUAUGACCUCUGUGUUUGCUGCCAAAGCUCCUGCAGACAUGGACCUUGACCCGGACACUUGGGAUAAUAAGACCAUCACCAGUGGACUCAAAAAUUACCUCAGGUGUCUGGCUGAACCCCUGUUAACCUACAGACUUCACAAGGACUUCAUCCUGGCAGUCAAGUCAGACGAUCAGAACUACAGGGUCUGUGCGGUUCACUCUCUCGUGCACAAGCUGCCGGAGAAGAACAGAGAGAUGCUGGACAUCUUGAUCAAACAUCUGCUUGUGGUUUCCACGCACAGCCAGAAGAAUUUGAUGACGGUAUCUAAUCUCGGCGUGAUCUUUGGCCCUACGCUGAUGCGCUCCCAAGAGGAGACCGUGGCUGCCAUGAUGAACAUCAAAUUUCAAAACAUUGUGGUGGAGAUUCUCAUAGAGAACUAUGAGAAGAUCUUUCAUCAGUCUCCAGAUCCCAACGUGCCUCUACCUCAGCCUCAGGCUCAGUCUCGCUCCAGCUCGCGCCGCAACAAAGCCAUCUGCCUAUCAUCAGGCCCGCGCAAGUCCAGAGGCCUGUACUCGCCUGCUCUGUGCCUGGCUGAUGCUGACAGUGACACGUUCAGCAGCAGUCCCAGCAGCACGCCCAUGGGCAGCCUGGAGUCUCUGUCCUCACACUCAUCAGAGCAGAACGGCUGCUCCAAGGCGACCUCUCCUUCACGCUCCAAACACAAGAUCUCAGGCAGCCUGUGCUGGACCACUCCAUCCCCGUCCUCUGACGGCCCUAAGAGCCCAGGUGGCACCACCAGUCCUGACUCCAGCUCCAAAGAGGAUGCAGCAAAGACAGAUGGAGAAUGGGAGGAAGCUCUUAGUGUUCUCCCACCAGAGCGAGCUUCUCCAGUUCCGGAGCUGCCUAACAGAGCUGAGGAGGAGAACGCAGAGGUUCAGAGAUCAGGCCGCAUGUCCAGCAUGUCCUCCUGCUCUUCCCUCACCUCUCUUCACAUCUCUGAAGGUUUCAGGAGCUGCCAUGGUUCAGUUCAGAGUUUGGUUUCUCGCAGUAACAGAGACAGCCUGAAGUCACUGCCAUUACCAGACCUCCCUGUUAAAGACACAGGCAGAUGCAGCCUAGACUCAUCAGGGAGCAACGGAUAUCAGAGGCCUGGCUCUGUGGUGGCCUCCAGAGCAGCGAUCUUCGAGAGCCCUGUGGUCUCGCAGCCGGCCCCUGCUGGAAGGGAGGCCAAAGCCAUGUAUUCCUGCCAAGCGGAGCACAGCCAUGAACUCAGCUUCCCCAAGGGAGCUCUCUUCUACAAUGUGCACCCGUCAGUGGAACCAGGGUGGCUCCAAGCUACAUAUAAUGGCAAGACUGGACUGAUCCCAGAGAAUUACGUGGUGUUCCUCUAGCCAGGCCUGAAAGCAGACAUAGCACGUCCAUGGUAUCCAUGGUGAUCAUUUCUCCAUAAAGGGACCAUUUUGUACAUUCAUAAUAUGCAGUAUGUGAAUAGUUUGAAUGUGUAGUUCAAAAAUGGUUCUAAUUACAACAUUAACCACAGAGUGUAUAUGUUUGAUGUAGAUAUUAGAAGGUUUUAAAAAUAUAUAUUUUAUGUUUCUUACUGUUAUGCCUUUGGCUCUGUAAGCCCUAAGGUAGAUUAUUUAUAGGUGGCUAAUAAAGCAGACUGGAUCUGACAAGUUGAACUGAUAAUGUGAGAAACAUUGACCUGUCAUAUACUAUAGGUUUAUGCUUCUUAUAUUAUAGUUCAAUCUCUGUGAUGAAGGAGAACUUACAGUUAACACACUGAUAAUAUGAUGGUACGUGACAUGCUCAUGUUUUUUUUUUUUUUUUGUAACUUUUCCCCAUAUAACUUAUCUUAGAAUGUAUUUUUUUUUUUGUAUAUCUGUCACUGAAGUUAGCAGAAGCCAGGACUUGAGCAAGUAUGUCUGAAACGUUUCCACCCCAUUCCAGUAUACAUGUUCAUGUUUCCCUUUUUUGUGAAACAAAGGUAACAGAUGCAGGACAUCAUCGGUUAGGUCAUUUGUUUUUUAAUAGCAUUAAUGUAGUAAGUCUCAGUAUUAAUGAUCCAUUCAAUUAGUGCCUCCUGUAAAGACGUGUGUGCUCUGAGAGUAAUAUCCCUGCUGUGUAGCUCUAAGUACUAAAUAUAAGCGCUAAUACUUGUUGCAUUUACAUUAUACAGUUACAGUUACAUGACUUGUACUCCAAGCUUUUUCUUUGUGCCUCUUCAUUCUUACAUUUCAUCACACUGACUUUUUUGCCAUUUUUAAUUUAUUUAAAUUUAAAAUGUCCAUUUCUUACUGUAAAAAAAUCACAUCUGAUGUGUAUUAGUAGUACAAAAACUAAUGUCAAAUGUAUGUUGAUGUCCUAAUACGUGCUGUCUUGUGCUCAUUGAAAUGGCACUUAUUUCCUUAAUAGUUCUGCUGUAUUUCAUUUCACACUGGUUUACCAUUUCAAUGUACGAUAGUGGACAAGAAUGAUAAAAAGAGCAAUGAUGUAGGGUACAAUGAAGAGUCUACAUUCCCCCAAAAUGUCAUGCUUAUUGCCCUUAAAAUGCCAAAAUUAUCAUUAUUAAUAUUACCUCAAUGACCAUUCCAUAAUAAAGUCCACAAAGCUCUACAUCAUGCCCACAAAUAGGGCAUGACAUAUUUUAAUAUAUUUUGAUAAAUGUGUUAACCUGUUCAUUCUAAAGUCUUUUCAAGAGUCAGACAUAAUUCACCCAGAUAUGUGAACUGUUUUUAUGCUUGUAGCUGCGCUGUUGAAGUCUUGAAGUCACUUUAGUGCCAUAACUUUAAAUGUUUUACAUUAUAAUAACUUUUAUUAGAAUCACCUUUUAUUUUACCAAAACUAUAUAUUAAACAUUUUAUCCCCUUAUUAAGAGCAAAAUAAUAACAAAAUGACAAAUCAGUGUUAUCUAAACCUUUUAAAUAUUAGUUUAGAAUCUGCAUUUACAUGAGGUGUUGGCCGUUUUGCUUCCCUCUGUACCCUACGGAAUGUAAUUAUCAGUAUAUAUUUGUUCAGUCAGUCCUAUUGCCUUAAAUCCUGGAACAGUUUCCAUCCUGAGUCCAUGUAUUGUUUUGUUUGUUUUUAUUUGAAACUGUAUUUUCUGUCCUUUCUUUUUAACAUUGUCCUGUAUUUCAUGACAAGAUUGUCCUUUUGAAAAGGAAAAAGAAGAAAAAAGGAUUUCUUUGUUGUCUUUCUUUGAACACUUCUCAGUAUUACUGACAUUCUCAAAUCUGAUAAAGUUGCUAUAAAGUGUU